AUGUUAAUGAAUAAGUUGCCAAACCAGAAUCUGAAGAGGUGGGCUGACAAAGCCGGCGAUUUCGUAAUAUCUAGAGGACAAGUAAAGUUUGGAGAUUUCGUCGAUUUCGUGGAGAUUUCGCUGAUUUCAAUGAGAUUGGAGAUUUUGUCGGCUGGAGAUCGCUUAAGUAACGUGUUUGGGGAUGAACCUAAUAGCUCCAUGUCUCAGAAAAGACAAGAUGAAACAAAGAGGAGAUAUCUCAACCGAUCAAAAGGCGAUGAGAUUAGAACCUUUGCUAAUCAAGGUAACGUGCAAGAUUACAAGAGUCGAAUAACGAGAAGCGGCAGUCCUGCAACUUAUCCACCUUGUCCCAUGUGUUCUGGAAGUCAUGCGAUUUGAAGUGCGAAACGUUCAAGACUUCUUCGUAUCCAGAAAAGUUGAAAGUUGUCUCAGAAAAGAAAUUGUGUAAAAGAUGCCUUGAAGGAGCGCACUUUACAAGGUCGUGCAAAAGACGAUUUAUUUGCAGGAAAAAGGAUUGCGGCCAGGAACAUCAUGAUUUGAUGCACCCACCUGAAACAGAAAGCAAAGAGGAAGCUAAAGAGGACUAUGAUGUUAAAAUAAGCGCAGGAAACCUUUCAGCCUCCAUCACCCGGAAAUGUGACGAAACAUACCAAUGCAAUGGGUGA